CCAGCCGCUAACCCUGUCCCCCCCGGCCCUCGGGCAGCCCCCGCUCAGGACCCCCGUUUUGCUGGAUCGAUGGAUGCGCAGGCACAGCCGAGCGGCGGCGGUCGAUCGGUCGGUCGGUCGGCAGGUGGAGUGGCAGAAACUAACUAGGGUUGCUGCUAAUGGCCAUAACAAAGCUGGGGAAGUAGCGCCGGGAGAGUUGCGAAUAUGAUUCCAUCGGUUGCAACUUUAAUUCGCUGCAAGUCGAACGUGAAAAUAGUAAAUAAUUGUAGAAAAGCAAUUCCAUUUUUUUAGAUACACCGGUAAAUUGUUUCCCCUCUCCUCCACUACUUAAAAACGUCCCCAAACGUUGUAUAUAAAGUUCUGUUUCUUUAAAAGUAAGCUGUUAGGAGAUGUAGCAGCAAAGCCUGUGAGGGAUAUGAAUAUUUCUGUAAAAGCCUGUGCCUUUUAAACAAAAGCUUGUCAGUUUACCAGGUGGCGGCAGAAAUAAUUUCUCCUGUGUUCUUUUACAUCUGUUGCUCUUCAAGCAACUAGGGAUGGCUACAAAAGCUUGUGCUACAGUCAGAGGUGGGGGAGAGAGGGGGAAUCACUGAAAGAUGCUGAUCUCGGUGACCGCAGGGCACUGCAAAAUCGCAUGAGUUGUAAUGGAUUUACCCUGGUGUGAUGUUAAUGUAUGGCUCCCAGGGCAUUUAUUGAUGUACAUCAUAUCGAUGGUGCUAGUUAUAUAAAGAUUGUAAACUGGGGUAUGAUGAGUGUUUUAACUCAUAGAUACAGAAAAUCAUUUAGGAUCACUACAGGGACUCCGUACAAGCUCUACCAAUGCUCCAUUUGUGCUAUAAAAAUAAAAGGCUAUUUUUUAGUACCUCUGGGAAAUAUAUUGCAUUACUUCUCAUCAAAACAUGGAGACUUUUUGUGUAAUAUAUGUGCCUGUUUGGUUCUCAUCUCUAUAAAUUUUUUACUGUUCUUGAACUAUGUAAAAUAGUUGAAAUUCUUUUAAAAGUGAGAGCUGCUGUGUGGAAAUCCGUUCUGUCUUACUCAUUUGUUAUAGUCAAAGACUGGCUGCUGUGGCAUGUGUGAAAUAAGAUGUGGAAAAUCAGUCUCUUUUCUGUUUCUCCUGGUGAUAGCAGAAAAUUGAGUUUAGACUGGCUUGACUGAGUCUGGAUUACCAUCAUUAAUGAAAAAGCAUGGCAAAGUCUCCAGUUCUCCUCUUGCUGUAAUGACCCAGCAGUGGGGUGGCUGGCACUGUAUAAUAGCUUUUUCCAGGAAACAAACCUGACUUGGAGACACAAGGAGCACAGAUUUUCAUGUGAAACAGAGUACUAUUUUCAUACAGCCACCUCUUGAAGAGCAAUUGCAUUUUGAAUACUAUGGACAGCAGGCUAUGCCAACAGGGACUCUGCCUGCCCUGGGCUGGCACAGAGGUUUGUGUGUGCACUUUGCUGUGGUCCUGCCAAAGCCAGCUACUAGGUGCCAUGAAAAUCCAGAAGGUAUUCCAGCAACUGGCUGUGGAUAACUAGGUAGGUGGCAUAGGACUUUUUUUUUUUUACCCACAGUUGAUUUAGAGGAAUAUUUUUUGUCAGAAUAACAAGACUACAGAAGAAGUAGUAUUGACUGAGUUUUCAGCUCUUCGGAAAUACCUGGCUUGAUCUUAAAUCAGGUGCUUUAAGAGACAGUUGUUAAUUAAUUUGCUCCUUGUAUUGCCUUUACUGCUUCAUCCUAUGUAGUCUCCUUGGGAGGAGCUAGCUUAAUGAGGAGUGAAUUCCCUCGCUCACCCAAAAGUGGCAAUGUUUGUAGCUAUUCUUUAUGAUACUUCAGCUCCUUUUUCAACAGCAUUUACAUUUGGUAAGACCUUGUGAUAAACCAGUGUAUUCUUCACUGCCAGAAGACUUGCAGCCCUAGAAGUUGAGCAGGCAUAGCAGAUUUUUUUAGAAGAGCAAGGAGAUCUUAGUGAAAAGAGGAUGUGAGAAGGGCAGGGCCAGGAAAGAUAUAAAUGUAUAUAUGCUUGCACAAUGCUGAGAAUAGAGGGAAGCCAGAAGAACCACUAGAUAAAAGUGCCAGUGCCUUUAGGCGGAAGCCAUCAGCGCCACUGCAGCUUAUUGACAUGGAUUAUACAAAACCUUGCUGUGAGCACUGGUAUUUUUACCAUACCUCUUACCAUGACAAAUUUCAUUUCCCUUUUUCAUUUCCCUCCUUAUCCCUGGCCUGAUCCCCAUCUUGCUUCCUCUUCGUUGUUCUCAGUUGUGCAGGCUUAUGAUGUGGAUCUCUUGCCACGCUUGCUGUUGCUUCUCAUGUCACUUCAGCCCCCAUUGACGCUGCGUUUGGCCAAGGCCCAGUCUUCUCCUUUGCCUUUACAAAUGACAGAUGAGCACACUCCUCUCUGGUUCUUUUUAAUUUCUGCUCAUCUGUUUUCUGUAUUCUUCGCUUCACUGAAGCUGUUGUCCUCAAAAUGGCUAACUGAAUUUCAUCUCCAACAUCACUGUCAUUCUCUUGAGUAAAUAAUUGUUUCUUAUUUUUCUUCUCAGGAGCAAGAAUUCCAUUCUGUUCCCACAUAGGAAGCUUUUCCCCUUAAGAAUCUCUCCCGUUAUCUCCCCAUACUAGACUCCUCCUUUGCCCAGUUAUGUGUCUUGUGUCUUUCCAUUCCUCCUUAGCUGUUUCAGCUAUUGUAUCAAGCUUGCAAAUCUUUCCCUUUCUCCCUGUGUAAAUACCUUUCAGUGUACAAACUUGAAUGAUAAUGCUCGUUUCUCUAAAUGUGUUCACAAGCUGUUGCUGUUAGAACAGGUGAUUUGUUUUUACCAAACUUAGUGAUGCUUUAACAAAGGAUUGUAAGAACCUUAAGGUAGCUUUCGGAAAAAAUAUUUUAUUUAUUAGCCCUUUCAGAAAUGGAACAGUUCCAGAGAUGAGGUGGUAGUUCUCAACAGUGGAUUUCUUAGACCUUGGUCAGUGCACUGAGGUGUCUCACAUUAAUGUAUGUCUCAGUCUUUUCUAUCAGCGUCCCCAUAACUGAUGCCACAUCAGUCACAAGAAUUGCACUGGAAUUGAAUCCAGCAUCUGGAGUCCCCAAGAUAAGGCAAAGAACGUGAUAUGCCCUCUGGCAAGGAAAUGCUUUCAACGCAUAUGUAUAAGCUGCAUAAGCAUUUACCUUUAAACAUACAGGAUAUGUAACCUAGCAUUGUAAAACUAACAGAUCCUUUAACAAGUGACUUUGUACUUAGUAACCUUGUAAUCCCCCACUGAAAAGAUCCAUGUUAAAGCACUAUGGAAGCUGGGACUUUCCAGAAAGAGAGGUGAUGGACUUGCAGAUAAGUUGGAGACCCCAUGAUGUCAAUACAUUGGCCUCGUGUUUUAAAAACAAAUAAAAAUCAAACCAACAAAAAACCUGCCCAAGCAAAACAGAACUGUGUAUGCUAGAAUCUUACAUGCAGGGUGUUUCUCCAAGAGAACAAGCAUAUUUCUGGUGCUAAUCAGGACUUCAGAUGCUGUUGCGCCUAGAACUGCUACUGCAGAAGUUUUUGUGUUUACUUUAGUCUGAGUAGGACCUGAAGUUUCUUCAUAUAGCUGCUACACUUUGCUACAAACAUGCACAUACCUGCCUUGCUUUUAACUACACCUGGCAGGAAGUCUUUCUAUUCCAGCACCCUUUAAGGUGUUCAGCUGCUCAUGUGAUGUGGCAUGUGGAUGGUGGAAAUUUCCAUUUUUUUCUUAUGAAGAGAGACUGAUGAAAAUUAAUGUUUUCUCUGGUACUGGGUGAUACGGGUUUUAUGCCUUAAAGUUAAUAUUGACACUGAAAAUGUCACUGGGUAUGACAUCAUGCAAGAAUUCAUAUUUCCAGCUCUGACUUCCCUGCUUGGCAUUUUUGCACUUUCUACUUUUUUCCCCUGAUGCUUAGCCUCGCUUUAUUUUUUUAAUUUUUUUUUUAUUCCCCUCUUGUUCCUCCGCUCUUGCAGAAGGGGAACAUGAUCCCACCUGCAGCAGGCGUAUGUACACCCCUUCCAGUAACAACCAGGUUCUGUACUGACUUGGUCUUAGGCAGACGCAGGGCAGACAUUUUGAGACCUUCUCAUCCUUCCAUAUUUUCCAUGUUCUUGUCCUUUUGCUGUGUUUUUUCUUUCUUUUCUUAUCAUCUUUGUGGAUGGAUCUGAAAGAGCGAAGAAAAUAUUUCCGUUUGUUUUGUACACAUGACAGCACUUUGGUUCAUUAUUAUGGUUUCCUAGAUGUUUGUCUCAGUUCUCACAAAGUAGGAAGAAAGAACAUACAUUAGAAUAAUGUGAUCCUCAAAUAACCAAAGCACACAGGGAAUGUCAGGUAGAUGCAGUAUCUUGAAAGAAAAGGGUUUAUAUUUCUAUUGCUUGCAUUUUAAGGUGACUCUAUCUCUUUAACUAAAACCUUGCAAAAGCUUUAGAGUAAAUUAUGUUUUUCAGCAUUGUUUGGUCUUCACGAUAGAGUUCAUUUAUGGAAUGAGCUUUCGUGAACAAAGAUGUGUACCAGUGUGACUUCUAGGAAGCUGAGUGACUCAGAAAUCAGCUACUUUUUCUGGUGGGUCAUGUGAAUGGCGUGAUGAAAGUUGAUUUGUCUGAGCUGAUGCAGUCACUCAUGUGAUAAGAAAGUCAGAUCAUUUGGUUACAUUCCCUUUUGGCUGAAGGGAGUUUUACAGUUUUGGAGUUAGCUGUGAUCCAAAACAGUUGCGCCAGGCUUUUGCCUGGUCUCAGCUUUUGGAGGGCUCUACUCUUAAUGCAGUUACGUGCAUCUGUGGAGGUCAGCAACCACAAGUUAGGACCUGUUGGUCUCCUGAAAUCAGAGGAGCUAAGCUGAUUGGCCCUGUGGUUGUAAGUGUAGACAGGUAGUAUCACUCAAGUGCUGUAGUAUAAGCUGUGUCUUUCUCCAGCAUCAAGCAGAAGUUACACUGAUGCACCUGCUAGUAUGGAAAACCUGUAGAAAUGGGUUUGUUCCACUAGCAGGUCACUUAGAAGAGCCUGUGAGCUGGCAGGGCUCAGUUAUAGCUUGUCAAGGGAGUGCUGGGGGGUAUUUGGAAAGUUUGCCAUCACUGUAAACAUCUUGGGAAAUUGUGAGAAUUUUGUGGCAGCAGAGCAUUUACAGAAAUGUUGAAGAAGGGCUUUGUGUUUUGUUUCUCUUAAUGACUGUAAUCAGAAUCUAAGAACAUUCUUCCAAAUAUCCCUUGACCUGAUGAAACAAUAGUACAUUUUAGCUGUUACUGGAGGGUGCCAGUAAUUGGUGUUGAUCAUGCAAAUUCUUAUUGUCUAUGUGGAGGUGAUUCAGUUGUGAUUUUGCGAAAAAUCUGCUUUUUGCAUGGGAAAUUGUAUGUGCAAAGUUCGUACCUAAAUUAACUUAUUGAUGAAUUGUGAUUACAAUAUGGCUUCAUGCCUGCUAUAUGGUAUAUUAAUUUCAAUUCAAAAAAACCCUGUAGUGAUACAAUAGAGAGCAGUCUGAUCCUGAUUCCUACUGCUUUAUGCCUUGUAAAGAAAAAUGGGAAGAAAAGACCAUCUAAAAAGAGCUCCAAAGAGCUGGUAUAGAGAGCAAGAGUACACAUAGCACGCAUAUUUGUAGACAAGGAGAGAGCAUUCAUGCUAAAGAGUAUGGUUUCUAAACAGCAUCUCUACAGCAAUGAGAGGGUUUCCUGAGCCAUGUCUGAUUUAAUUAUCGCAUUGUGUCUCUAGGUGUAUGUACAGGGGCUGAGGUCAGGCAUUCAAGCCUGUUUGCACAGGCUUUAAAUUGGUGUCUUCAUUACAAGCUGUAUUGUGUGCAGUCUCGUCCCUUUAUGAAGAUGGAGGUGUAUUGGAUGCCCAAUGCAGUAAUGAAUAUGAGUUGUGACACCGUCUUCCAGGCCUAGUUCAUCUUAUGGCGAAAAGGCUCAGUACUGUGAAGGGCAGAUUACCUCAGGGCUAACUCCAGGCUGACUCUCACUGCAAAUGGACAGUUUGUCAAAGAUGAGGCUAGGUGGAGCAGCUUCUUCCUGUCUCAACUAUGGAAGGCCAGCUUUGUGCUAACUUGGAGAUUUCUGUGGAAAAACCUCCAGGAGCAAGUCCUCUAUCCUUCAUUACUUUGCUGAAGGUAUACCGAGAACUUCUGGUCAGUAGAAUCCGAAACACACAGUGUUUGAUUGACAACUUGAUUAAGAAUGGCUAUUUCUCCACUGAAGAUGCAGAGAUUGUUGUCCAGUUUCCAACUCAAGCAGAUAAGGUUCGCAAAAUUCUAGACUUGGUUCAAAGUAAGGGAGAAGAAGUUUCAGAAUAUUUCAUCCAUGUCCUGCAGAAAGUCACUGACGCUUACUAUGAACUUCAACCUUGGCUGGAUGAAAUAGGUUACAUGCCUUCAGAGAAUAUUCGUAGUAAACCUGUGGUAAAUACAGAUCCAGUUAGCAGGUAUUGCCAGAAACUCAGAUAUGAACUGGGACGGGAUUCUAAGUUUGUUAUGUCAUAUGCUCAAAGGGAAGAGAUGCUGCUUGAAGAAAUCUACUCUAACAGUGUUAUGGAACUGGUCAGUUUUACCAAUGAGAGUCUAGGCAAAGUGUGUCAAUUAGAAGCCCUUUUUGAUGAUGCAGUUGGUCUAAUUAAUGAAGAUGGAGAGACUAUUUAUGUCUUUGGUGAUGCAGGAAUUGGAAAAUCCAUCUUGCUGCAAAAGAUACAAAGCCUUUGGGCCAGAAAAGAACUGGAUGUUGGAGCCAAAUUUUUCUUCCGUUUCCGAUGUAGGAUGUUUAGUUGCUUUAAGGAAGAUGAAGCUAUAUGUUUGAAAGACCUACUCUUCAAAUAUAAUUGCUACCCAGACCAGGACCCCACUGAGGUGUUCCAUCACAUCUUGCAAUUCCCGCAUACAGUUCUCCUCACAUUUGAUGGCUUUGAUGAGAUCUAUUCCAAUUUUGAUCUCAGUAGUGUGCCCGAGAUGUGUUCACCCCAUGAACCCAUCCAUCCCUUGGUGCUGCUGGUAAACCUUCUCAGAGGAAAACUUCUUAAGGGAUCCAAGAAAAUUCUUACAGCAAGGACAGGAACUGAGAUCCAAAGAAACAUAAUCAGAAAGAAAGUGUUGCUCCGUGGUUUCUCCAGCAAUAACCUGAAGGAAUACACUACUGUGUUUUUCAAAGAUGAGGGGCAACGAAAAAUGGUAUUGAACCAGUUGGAAGCUAACCCCAGUCUCUGCAGUUUGUGUUCAGUGCCUUUAUUUUGUUGGAUUAUCUUUAAAAGCUAUGAACAUUUCCAUUCCAUGUUUGACAGCCACGAGCUUCCAGACUGUUCUGUUACAUUGACAGAUAUAUUUUUGCUCAUGAUUGAAGUCCAUCUGAACCGAUCUCUGAAAACAAGUUUGCUGAAGAACAACACCAGAAGCCAAGCAGAGAUGUUCGUAUCAAGAAGGGAAACUCUUUUAGCUUUGGGUAAAAUGGCGUACAAAGGGAUGGAGAACUCUUUCUUCAUCUUUGAGCAGGAGGAGGCCUCAGCAGCAAACAUCUCUGAAGGAGAUUUGCAGUUGGGUUUUCUCAGGACAGUUAAAGGUUACAGUGGCUGCGGCAAUCAGUCCACUUAUGAGUUCUUACACUUAACCCUUCAGUCCUUUUUCACAGCUUUGUUCCUGGUUAUUGAAGAGAAAGUGGGUGCCAAAGAGUUACUUCAGUUUUUCAAUGAAUGCUUUUCCACUGAGACUGCCCAGCCUACUUGUCUUCGUAUUCCUUGGUUCAAGAAACAGCUAGCAGGGAAGGAUCCUUUCCGAAAUAAUGAACACUUUCAUUUUACCAACCUGUUUCUUUGUGGCCUGCUUUCUAGAUCAAAACAGAAGCUCUUCAGACAUUUAGUUUUGCCUGCAGUCAUUAAGAGGAAGAGAAAGAUACUCAUCACAUACCUUGGGGAAAGCAUGAAAUCCCACCUGAAAGGCCUCACUCGUUCCAGGCUUCUGAAGUACAAUCAGAUCCAGGUCCAGCCCCACUUUGUUUGGAUGCUGAGAUGCCUUUACGAGACUCAAAGUGAGAAAGUGGGGAAGUUGGCUGCCAAACGCAUGCAUGCCAAUUACAUCAAGCUCACAUACUGCAAUGCCUGCUCUGCUGACUGCAGUGCUAUUUCCUUUGUUGUGCAUCACUUUCAAAAGCGCCUGGCUCUGGAUUUGGACAACAACAACAUCAAUGACUAUGGAGUAAAACAGCUCCUACCUUGUUUCAGCAAGCUUGCAGUGAUCAGGCUUAGUGUAAAUCAGGUCACAGAUCAUGGAGUAAGGAUCUUGUAUGAAGAACUCUCCAAGUACCGAAUUGUGACUUUCUUGGGCUUAUACAACAAUCAAAUCACUGAUGUCGGAGCCAGAUAUGUUGCAAAACUGAUUGAAGAGUGUUCAAGCCUUGAAUAUGUUAAAAUAGGAGCAAACAAAAUUACUAGCGAAGGAGGGAAGUGCCUUGCCCAGGCCAUCCAGAAGAGCAAGACAAUGUUUGAAAUUGGGAUGUGGGGUAAUCAAGUUGGAGACGAAGGAGCAAAGGCAUUUGCAGAGGCCCUGAGGAACCACCCCACGUUAACAAAUGUGAGUCUCGCAUUCAAUGGCAUCACAACAGAGGGAGGCAAAAGUAUUGCUGAAGCUAUGCAACACAACAACUCUGUGAAAAUAUUCUGGUUGACUAAAAAUGAGCUGGAUGAUGAGGCAGCAAUGAGUUUUGCAGAGAUGCUGAAGGUCAACAAGAAGCUGGUGCAUUUAUGGCUUAUCCAGAAUCAAAUUACAGCCAAAGGGGUGAAGUACCUCAGUGAAGCUCUCAAGGAGAACACAGCUAUUAAAGAAGUCUGUUUGAACGGGAACCCGAUAAGCCAAGAAGAGGCCAAAGCUUUUGACAAUGAAGAACGGAUCAUUUGCUUUUGAAUGAGGACUUUGUCGUUUUGACAAGCUUUGUGUUACAAAGGUUACUGCUACACUUGGACUGCAGUUUAUAAAGGCGUAAAUCUGCAGUGCUCAUGGCAGGAGAGAGACACAUGAUUAGCUGCCUUUUUAUGAACAUUCUGUGCUCCCUCAGCUCCAUCCCUUACCCUGCCUGUUAUUCUUAAUCCUUCUGGUGAGUGGGAAGUUGCCUGGGUAAAUAAUUGAUGUUUGUAUGGUGCUUUGAAGAUGAAAUGCAAAGUGUUAACAGACCAAAUCCAGUGGCAGGUGUAUGCAUUUUGAUAACUGAGUUUAGAUUUAUUUUGUACACCGAUGUAAAUAACCUCUAACUUAUUUAUACACAUAAAUGUACACACAAACACACACACAUAUAGGUAUAGAUAUAUGCAAGAAAGGGUGCAAGAUGCGCAAACUCCACAACCUCACAGUAUUAUCUGCCUCAUAACUGAAAAUGAACAUAGAUAGCUUUACUGGAAACAUAAUCCAUCUAUAACGAUUGUAUGGUACCAAUGUUCUCAACAUGAGUACCUUUCUCCUGCCUAGAAAUUAGACCCUUAUUUCUCCACUGACUGAAUACAAGUAGCAUUGUAGACAUUGCUUUUGUCUUUUUUUUUUUUUUUGAGAAAUGAAUACAUCAAGCUCAGAUUAUUUUCAAUAAUCUUUUUUUUCAUAUUGAAGCCAAUACCUUUUCUUUUAUACAACCAAAAAUCCUUACUGCUGUAACUGUAAAGGCAUAAAAAUGGCAGUAAAACACUUCUGCUUAAAAUUUCCUGAGGGCUACAUAGAAACUGCUGCCUCCUGUUUCCAUAGUAUUUGUUCUGGGGAGGGGGUCUGGAGAUAAAUGUGAAAAAUUAAUUAGCAGACUGUUCAUUGCCUUGUCUCUUGGCCUAGACAAUGUGCUGGUGGCAGUACACCAAUAUUAAGUUGCCUAGUUUCAGUGGGGAGGAAAGAUGAUUGAAAAUCAAUUGCAUCAAGUAGAGAUCCCUUUUCCCAGCAACGUGUAAGCACAGAGAAGGAUUGAGAUUGGCUUGUAAAGCUUUUAUUCUAUGCUUGAAUUAGUGGAAAGAGCAAGGAGAGGGCAGGUAUCAAUGAUAAGGACCAGCAAGAAAGCAUUAUCCCCCUGCAAAUAAUUAGUGUUUAGGGAGUGUAACUUUAUACGCCCUUAAAAAAAAACAGUUUGCAAAGGAGUGGGGUAUUUGAUUAUUUAUGUGUGUGUGUGUGAGUGCACAAAUUAGGCAUGCUUUAUAGACAUAAGCUCAAAUUCUACCCCACAAUGUGUACAAGGAACCUAAAAUGGAAAAGUAUGAGCCAUUUUCCUUCCUUCUUCUGUGUUACCACCCUCCAAAAACUUGGAGAAACAGUUCUCCAGUUGCUGACUAACCCACAAAACCUUGGUAGGCUGGAAGAAGAAUCUCCAGUUAAAUUGCCAAACCAAUGACCCCUCACCUUCCCAUCUCCCAAAUCUGCUCCGUAAAGCAAAAUGUGAAAAAAGCCUUGCUUUGGAGGUCAGAGUUUCUCUAUUUUCUAUCUGGUAGCAGACCUUUCCCAGUCCCCAAUUCUGUUUACUCCCUUCGGCUCCCUAACACACUUUAAAAUACUCAUAAAGCUGUUCACAAAACCCACAGUUUAAAAAAACAAAAAAGAAAACCAACUUACUGUUCUUUAUUUCCUCCCUGUCCAUGGUAUCAGCACUGAUUUUUCACAGGGAGACAGAUGAGGCUUUUGGACUGUGCCAGAGGAAAGAGCUAACUUGAAUGAUUUCUGCACCUGAGCCAUUUGUUUACUGAAGCAAAAGGGCACACAGUUACAGAUGAGCUGGAUUUCAAUUGUAAAAACAUCUGUCAAAGCCAGGCCUUUAAAGACUUCUCAGCAACUUUAACAAAUGAAAUACCCAUGCACCUUGUCAAGAAGUUGUUCCUGUUUUGCCAGCCUGCCCUUAUUGGAGGGGAGGAGAUACUGGUGCAGGAAGGGCCUUCACACAGGUGUCAUUUGCCCAUGUUGGGAGGAAGUGUGCUUCCAGUUUGCUCUAAUCACUGAAAUAUGUGUUCAUUUACCAGGAAAAAAAAAAAAAAAAAUAAAA